AUGUUUUUCAUUGAGUACUGGCUACACACUAGCCUGGAAUGCUGGAAUAUAGACAGGAAUCAAGCAGACAUAAAUCCUUGCCCUCAUGGAGCUAAGCUUCAGCUAGAGGAGAUAAACAAUGGGAAGGGGAGAGGGAGAGGCAUGUGUGUUGGGGAGUGGGCAAACCAUCUUAAGAAGCCGCUGAUGGAAGAGUCUCCCCUUUGGAAAGGCCAUCUCCCCUCCCAUCAUCUCCAUCCCGUAGAGAGGAAAACCCAGGCUUGGUAUUGGCAGUCAGGUAGUUCAUCAGAACUGAAACCACCUAACCAGCAUCCCCCCCACCCCACUGCCCCUCUCCCGCCCCCCCCUUGCCGACUGGAAGCAACCAUGACGAUGGUUCUCAGAGCCCUUGCAGAGGUGUGCUGUGGUCUCUCUGAGCUCAUCACGGCACCUUCCUAUGCAGGCGUUUCAAUUCAAGGUCAUUUUUGGUUCCUUUUAAGUAGCAGACUCAGAACCAGAUCUAUUCAAGUGUAG